AUGUCGUGGAAGCAUGGACAGUCCAUCGAGGACAUGCUACGCGAGGAAAUGGGUCAUGAUUCUGUCCCUCGUCAAGUUGGUGCGGUUGAGGACAGGCACGGACCUAGCGAAGCACCUCCCUUAUUUGGGGCACAUCCGAACGAACAGAUAACAUCCUCGUUCCCAUCUUCACUCUACAACAACAGCCAUGAACCGCUGAGAGUGCAUGCGGAACUGAAUCGAGUCGCGUCUCCAUUACCGGUUGCAGCAAAUCGUGACCACGUCCUGGGCCACAUGGACGAGCCUCCUCAAGAAGCAUGUCCGGGCGGCGAUCCUGUGGUAUUACCGAAUGGAAAUAGCAGUCAGCCUUCCGCUGCAUCAAGUCCAGAACGCUACCACGCAAAGAAUAGAGAGACUAAACGCGGACACUCUACGUUGCCGUCGAGGGCGCGACGAGGCGAGAGAGAGCUAUCCGUCGAAGCUGGGCCUGCUCCAGAAAUAUCACGUACCGAUCUUGGUCCAGUUCGUCCGUCCAAGUUUCCAAACCCCGCAGAAGGAACGGGGCUUCCACCAGACGACGACCAGACGGCUCUGGAGAGACUGAGGUACAAAAGGCGUUUUCUGUACCAGAUAUCGCUUCCUCCCCCCUUGUGGAUUCUUCUGUACAGCCUCGAAGGAGUAGAUGUUUGCAGGAGGCCAAGCGCGAAACGGACGCAGACUCCUCCGUCGGAGGAAUCAGUAGUAGCAGUUCAAAGUCUGCGAAGCCUCAUGGAAUAG